AUGGCUAUCGCUCAGGUACAAGAAGACGAGCCAAGCCAAAUAAGCAUUGAAAUGCGCAGUACUAAACGCAAAAGAGAAGAUUCUAGCGAAGAAUUAAUUAACCUUAAAAAUGAUCUUACACAUAUGUUCCUUUCUUGGAAAACCGAACAAGAUAAUAGUUAUUGUACUCUGUUAUCCACGAUGAAAGAGAUCAAGGAACAAAAUACAGAUAUUCAAAAAUCCAAUGAUUUCUUAGCCCAAAAGUAUGAUGAACUUACUCAAAAAUUCGGUUCUUUAGAAAAUGAAAAUAAGCACCAACUAGAGUAUAUUAACUCACUGGAAUCUAAAAUUGACAUUUUAGAGCGUAACUCAAAGGCAACAACAGUUGAAAUAUGUAACAUACCGCUUAACCAGAAAGAGACAAAAAAUGACCUACUGAAAAUCGUACAAGAGGCAGGAAAUUUAAUAAAUCUACCCAUUGAAAAAAAGACAUCGGUGAUGUCUAUAGAAUCAACAAGCAACAACAAAAACAAUAAACAAACACUAAAACCACUAACCAAAAACCUGUAA